AUGGCUGAUUCCAACACAACUGAGUUCACCAACCCCUCCACCUUCAUCCUGAAGGGCAUCCCUGGCCUGGAGUGGGCCCAUGUCUGGAUCUCCAUCCCCUUCUGCAUCAUGUAUGCCAUCGCCCUCGUGGGAAACUUCACCCUCCUGUUCAUUGUCAAAGUGGAGUCGGGCCUCCACGAGCCCAUGUACUAUUUCCUCUGCAUGCUGGCUGCCACCGACCUGGUCCUGUCUACGUCCAUCCUGCCCAAAAUGCUGAGCAUCUUCUGGUUCAAUUCCAGGGAGAUCAGUUUCAGUGCCUGCCUCACCCAGAUGUACUUCAUUCACAGCUUCUCAGUGAUGGAGUCAGGGAUCUUCGUGGCCAUGGCUUAUGAUCGCUACGUGGCCAUCUGUGAUCCCUUGAGACAUUCCACCAUCCUGACAAACACCGUGGUUGUCAAGAUUGGUCUCACCGUGGUGCUGCGCGGCAGCAUCCUGUCACUGCCCUGUCCCUUCCUAGCGAGGCAGCGGCCAUAUUGCAGAACCAACAUCAUCGCCCACACGUACUGCGAGCACAUCGCCGUGGUGAAGCUGGCCUGCGCCGACAUCCGCAUCAGUAGCUAUUACAGCCUCUCGGUAGCACUCUUUGUUACCUCUCUAGAUGUGUCUUUUAUUGCUGUGUCCUACACCCAGAUCCUCAGGGCCAUCUUCAGCCUCCCCACCAAAGUCGCCCGGCUCAAGACUUUUGGGACCUGCAGCUCCCACCUCUGCGCCAUUUUGACUUUUUAUAUUCCAGAUCUCUUCUCCUCCCUCACACAUCGAUUUGGCCACAACGUGCCCCUGCAUUUCCUCAUUCUCAUUGCCAACGUGUACCUCCUGGUGCCCCCCAUGCUGCACCCCAUCAUCUAUGGGGUGAAGAGCAAACAGAUCCGGGACAGGCUGCUCCAGCUCUUUACUUGUAAAGGGAUCUAA